AUGUUGUGGCUUUUUGAUCUGCUGUCGUUGGUGUUGAUCGUCGUACGAGUGGUUCGUCACUAUGACCUGUUCGGUGUGGAACGUCGCGACUCCGACUCGAACAACACAUCGAUGGGUCUUUAUAACCAUUUCCCGAGUGUAUUUCCACUCGAUAAACGAGGAUCAUCCCUGUCUGCC